AACUAGAUUGCUUCACUGGAUUCAACCUUAACCCACACAAAAUUUAUGCAACAGCAAAUUGACACAUGAGGAUCACGUGUUAAUCCACGUCUUUGCACAUCGUUUAACGGAGUUGUUUGUAUUCAACAUGCUAAGCUUCUCUUCAUGCAGUCCUUCAUUAAGGACCAAAUAGAAAUCACAAAAUGAAUUCCGAUAACAACGCGGUGGAGGAAGCGUUGUCACUCAUUGAGAGUGUCGGCCUGCCACAUCCUCAAGGACCGCUACUCGCGUCUUUUGUCACGGAAGCCGUCAGUCCAAGCCAGGCAGCCCGUUAUGUGAGCGACCGACUUUUCGCAGGCGAAUCCUCUUCAAUAGUAUCUGAUUGGACUUAUCUUAUUGAAUGCAUUACACGAAACGGGAGGCUUCCUCCACAACUGGAUGCUCAGACUCAAUCUACCAUUACUCGCAGAGACGGAGUUAGAUGUUGCGUGACAGGCAAAAAGGGCACUUUCUGGGAUCCUCUCCUAGUCUUGCCCAUACUUCCAAUUCCAUCUGGUUGGGAUACAGAAAAGGUGCAAAUUUUCAACAUGCUUGGUGCAUUCUUCGGUCCACAAUAUCGGGAUUGGUGGCUUUCUUAUGUUAGAAAUCCUAACCUUAUGCCGCCGCAUUACAACCACUGGCUCGUCCGACAGUCUACGGCAAAGGCCCUCACACUGGGGCUCAUAAAAUUAGAUAGAUUACAACCAUCAAUUGUUGAGUACGAAGUCAGCCAUGUACUCAUCGGGCCAGAGGAGCCACUACCUGUGGAUGGAACUUAUCCGCUAUUAGGCGACCAUUCACGAUCUGGUAUUGAGAAAAUUGAUCCACGAUUUGUUGGCACACAUUCUCGACUCUGUAGAAGCAUUCGGUUUCUCGAGUUAACCAAAAGACUUGCAGCGGACAACCUGCCUCAAGUGUCAGGUUCAUCUAUCUGGUGUUAUAUAUGGCAAUCCCCUGUACAGUCCCAGAUGCAGAGCCGAAAACGCUUCUCUCUUACGACCUGUGCUACAGGUACCUUUUUAGCUGUUUGGCUCAUGUUCCCAAGAAAAUUCCGAAUAAGUUCUUAUAACAUCUUGCGGCGAGUUGGAGAAUACAUAUACGGAAAGUCAAAUGGCUACUCAACAGUUCAGAGACUUCCAUUUGGGCUUUAUUUAAAAUUUCAGGGACAAAAUGGAAUGUUUCGCAACGAGUUGAAUGCCUUGCGAAUAGUUCGGAAAUAUACAUCCAUCCCAACUCCAGAUCCCCUUGACAUCGUGACCGAGUCAGGACAUGCAAACGAUCCAUUUCCGUCUCCCAAGACGUAUCUCCUUAUUACACGACUUCCAGGCCUGCCCUUAUCGCGCUGUCAAGACGUUCUGUCAGAUCGUGACUGCGAACAGGUUUCCAAUCAGCUGGGUAAUUAUUUAGCUCAGCUAAGAGACAUCCCAAAAGUCAUCAAUACAGACAUGGCUAUCUGCAACACUCUUGGUGAGGCCUGCCAAGAUCCUCGAAUACUUGGCGGCUUACCAGUUGGACCGUUCAAGGACGAAGCGGCAUUUAGCCAAACCCUACGAUACUCAGACGAUUCUGCCCGCCGCGGACACAAGAUUGUGCUUACACAUGCAGACCUAAAUCCUCGGAAUAUUCUUGUUGACCAGGUUACCCGGUCGGAUGGAAGCCGUGGCUGGGUGGUGACUGGGAUUGUGGACUGGGAGACGUCGGGAUACUACCCUGAUUACUGGGACUACACCAAGGCCAUGUUCGAGGGAUUCAGAUGGUCCCGGAGGUAUAAUGAUAUGAUAAGGAAAGUUUUUAGGGAGUUUGGUGACUAUUCUAAGGAAUAUGAUGUUGAGAAGAGGAGCUGGGAGUUAGGUGAUGGUGUGUAACAUUGGCUCAGUUAAUAACCUACGCUCCAUCGCCUUGGUACAUGUAAAUAAUCAAUUAUCAUUGUGUACAGAACUUGUAUACCGCUUCUAUAAAUACAUUUAGU